CGGUGUGAUUGCAGAGUUGAAUGGCGCCUUUACUGCAGGAGGGGAUCAUAAUAACUGACAACCAUUGCAAUUUACCGCACCAAAGUCUUUGUGUGUCUUGUUUUCACUGAUAUUUACGUUAAAUAUCUGAUUGAUAUUACUGGGAUUGUCAGAGCGCGUGUAUGAUGGCUCCAUUCAGUUUGCUGUCAGUCGGUGCUAAUGUUCUGCUUAAGUCUCUGGGUUUGUUCUCCGCUACAUCUGCUGUGAGAUUUUCCAUGGCCGUGGGAACCAUGUCGAUAUCAUGGUGUAUGAAUAUGGUGCUCAUGUGUAGUUCCAGUGAUAAAGUGUUUUAGUACCACAACAGGGAUUCCACCUAAGAGACCACUCACAGCAUACAUGAAAUAUGUGCAGGAGAUGCAGCCCAACUUCAUCAGACAAAAUCCAGGAGUGAAAAACGUGGAUAUUGUUCGGAAGAUUGCACAGCAGUGGAGAAAUCUGACUCCUGAACAGAAGCAGCCAUUUCAGGAUGCAUCUUUAACAGCUAGGGAGCAGUACAAGCUUGCUGUGGAGAAAUACAAAGCCCAGCUCACCCCGGCACAGUCUGCUGCUAUUGCAGUGGAGAGGAGACAGAAGAUGGCCAAAAGAAAAGCAAUUAGGAAAAAGAAGGAGCUGAAUGCUCUUGGCAAGCCCAAACGCCCCAGGAGCGCCUUUAACAUCUUCAUGGCAGAGCACUUUGAGGAAGCGAGAGGAACUACUAUGCAGGCGAAGAUGGUGUCACUGACAGAUGACUGGAAGAUGCUCAACAUCCCACAGAAACAAAUUUACAUGCAGCUGGCAGAAGAUGACAAAGUCCGUUACAAAAAUGAAAUGCAAUCGUGGGAGGAGCACAUGACAGAGAUCGGAAGGGAAGACCUCGUUCGGAGGAAAGCGAGGAGGCCCAAGAAGGCAACAGCCACCAAAGACAGAAAAAAUAAAUCCAAAGUCACAGCGCUGAAAGCAAAAGCGCCGAAAAAGAAAACGGCUGUAAAGAAAGCUGCUUCUGGAACAAAUGCUGAAAAGACUGUGAAGAGCACCAAGAAGUGAGACGAUGUACACCGAUCAGCCACAACAUUAAAACCUCCUACCUAAUAUUGUGUAAGUCCCCUCGUCCGCCAAAACAGGCCAUGCUAGUCUUCUCAACACAAUUGUACAUAGCGGUUUUCUGAGUUACCAUAGACUUUGCCAAUUCGAACCAGUCUGGCCAUUCUCUGUUGACCUCUCUCAUCAACAAGACUAUUCCAUCCACAGUACUGCCACUCACUGGAUGUUUUUGGCACCAUU